AUGCAGAGUUUUGACUUGCUGUACUCACCUUUUACUUCUUUUAUUUCAGCUCAAUCUGAAAUUGAAGUUUCAGUGUCUGCAAGGAAUAUCAGAAGGUUACUAAGUUUCCAGCGGUAUCUUAGAUCAUCACGUUUUUUUCGUGGUACUACUGUUUCAAACUCUCUAAACAUUUUAGAUGAUGAUUAUAAUGGACAAGCCAAGUGUAUGCUGGGAAAAGUUGGAAAUUGGAAUUUUGAUAUCUUUCUAUUUGAUAGACUAACAAAUGGAAAUAGUCUAGUAAGUUUAACCUGUCAUUUAUUUAGUCUUCAUGGAUUAAUUGAGUACUUCCAUUUAGAUAUGGUGAAACUUCGUAGAUUUUUAGUUAUGAUUCAAGAAGAUUACCACAGUCAGAACCCGUACCACAACGCCGUCCACGCUGCGGACGUCACUCAGGCCAUGCACUGUUACCUACGAGAACCCAAGCUUGCCAACUCCGUAACUCCUUGGGAUGUCUUGCUGAGCUUAAUUGCAGCUGCCACGCAUGAUCUGGAUCAUCCAGGUGUUAAUCAACCUUUCCUUAUUAAAACUAACCAUUACUUGGCAACUUUAUACAAGAAUACCUCAGUCCUGGAAAACCACCACUGGAGAUCUGCGGUGGGGUUAUUGAGAGAAUCGGGUUUAUUCUCACAUAUGCCGUUAGAGAGCAGGAAACAAAUGGAGACUCAGAUAGGUGCUCUGAUACUGGCCACAGACAUCAGUCGCCAAAACGAGUAUCUGUCGUUGUUCAGGUCCCAUUUGGAUAGAGGUGACUUAUGCCUGGAAGAUGCCAGACAUAGGCAUUUGGUUUUACAGAUGGCUUUGAAAUGUGCUGAUAUUUGUAACCCGUGUCGGACCUGGGAAUUAAGCAAGCAGUGGAGUGAAAAAGUAACAGAGGAAUUCUUCCAUCAAGGAGACAUCGAGAAGAAGUACCAGCUGGGUGUGAGUCCGUUUUGUGAUCGUCAGACUGAAUCUAUUGCCAACAUCCAGAUUGGUUUUAUGACAUACCUAGUGGAGCCUUUAUUCACGGAAUGGGCCAGGUUUUCCAAUACCAGGCUGUCCCAGACGAUGCUCGGACACGUGGGGCUGAACAAAGCCAGUUGGAAGGGACUGCAGAGAGAACAGCCCAGCAGUGAGGACAGCGAAGCUGCACUCGAGGAGCUGAACUCAUAGUAUUACCUCAGGAAACCGGUUGUCAUAACCCAGAACCGGGGACAGGCUGCCCCCUGGAGGUUAGAAGGUGGCAUGGGGGCUGGAGGUGAGGGAACUGACUCGGCUGCAGGUUUCCGGGUGGAUGGUGCCAGGAUUUCCUCUGCCGGCCACUUGAACCCACUUUUGAAUUAUGAGGCCUGAACACAGCAAUAUGGAUGCAGCCAGCUUGUGAAACCUGAUCUGCAAAGCCUGCGGGCGUGACUCCAAAGGAGACGCAAAGGAAGUUCUGCCGAGUGCCAGGUGUUGCUCAAAGCAUCUACUCUGCAAACAUGAAACUUGAACUGAACCUUUCAGCAGAAAUCUCUUGGAAUCUAACCAGUCUCACGCAGCCUCGUGUGUCUGUUCCUCCCUCUAAGGUCUCCGAAAAACGGAAAUGUGAAGUGCCCAGCUCUGCUGCCUCUGGCCAGACUUGAUGUUUACAAAUCCACUCUGAAAUCCUGGUUCUACAUCUGCCUUGGAGCGUAAUUGCUAAGGAACCACUAAGAUUUUAAAGAUCAAACUUUCAACUGCAGCUCCUUCCCCCUGGUUUGCCUUUCUUCUCCUUUGGAUGCCACCAAGCCUCCCGUUUGCCCUGGUUUUAUUUGUGCACUGAAAACUGUGCACUACCACAGCGUGCGCCACGCUUUCCCGCCAGUGCUGUUUGGCAGUGCACCCUUUUUAACGCUUAGUUUUAAUUUGGGGCGGGAGGGGCAGAGCACCGGUGUCCUAGCUGUAUUAUGAUUCCGCAGUGGAGACAUUGCAUGUUGUUUUCACUCCUGUACACUUGACCUGCACAUGCAAGAAAAGGUGGAAUGUGUAAAACACCAUAAUCAGCUCAGGGUAUUGCCAAUCUGAAAUAAAGUGGGAUGGGGAAGUGUGUCCUUCAGAGCAAGGGUCCUAAAGCCCCUUUCGCUGCAGUGAGAGGUAUGUUGUGUGUGGAUGGGCGGAUGUGUGUCUGUGUGCAUGUUGUGCAUGUGUGACUGUGCAUGUGUUCUAUUUAUCCUUGUGGGAGAGGAUUGGACAUGGACGCUUUUAUUUAUAUUAGAAUGUGACGUGAGCAGCCACACCUGGGGGCGGGGGGAGGGAGCUGUAACAGAUUGCUCCAGUUGCCUUAAACUAUGCACAAAGCUAAGUGACCAAACUUCUUGUUGUGAUUUGAAAAAAGUGCAUUGUUUUCUUGUCUCCCCCCUCUCCCUUUUUUGAUGAAACGUGACCCUUUGAUGGGCCUUUUGAUGUGAACAGAUGUUUUCUAGGACAAAAACCUAAGGACUAAUUUUAAACUUAAAACAUUCCACUUUUGUAAUUUGUUUUAAAUUGUUUUAUGUAUAGUAAGCACAACUGUAAUCUAGUUUUAAGAAAAACCAGUGCUUUCUUUUAGUUCAAUUGUAUUUCCCUUGUUACUGUAAAAGACUGUUUAUCAAUUAUGUUUACAGUUUGUUGCAACAGCCAUUUUCUUGGGAGAAAGCUUGAGUGUGAAGCCAUUUGUAAAAGGCUUUGCCAUACUCAUUUUAAUAUGUGCCUGUUGCUGUUAACUUUUGAUAAAUAAAAAGCUACCUUUUCACAUUUUA